ACGACGACCUAACUUUGUUUUUUCCCCCUCAUAUAUAAGGACAGCUCUCAAAGACGGUGUCUCUUGAAACCUUACGGGAUAUCGAGCGAGAGAGAGCACAUUUUUUUCAGCAUCUUCGCAAGAAAGGAGCAAGUGUGGAUAUGAAGAUCGCCUUGGUACCCAUAUUUUUCGUCGCAGUUGCCAUCAUCAGCGUGUCUGCGACGUCGCCGCCUCAAUGUGCCAGCGUAACGUGUGACCCGUCGACGUGCGAGGAGGUGGAUUGUCGCUGCGGAACCUACAAGGGCUACUGUGGUUGCUGCGACUAUUGUCACACGUGCCCCGGCGAAGAAUGCACCGCCUUGUUCAGUGACACCUGCGCCGAGGGCUACCGCUGCGUCCUGGACAACGCCGAGCAAAGCUUUGAGAACGGCGGCACUGGACACUGCAAGGUUUAACCGAGGAAAGCCUGACCAGCCCAACUGCUAGGCGGUUAUGGAGCGCUUGCGGCGCAUCACGGCCCGUAUUCAAGAAAGGUUCUUACGCUGCUAAACUCCAUAGGAACAAGAACAGCCCAACAGAGGCAGCAAACAUGCCAUUAGCGAAGGCCACCGACAAUCUGAAAAAGUUCUUAUGAACAAAAACCUUUGUUAAUUCGGCUCCAGGGGCCAGAUUCACAAAGCUUUUCUUUCGUUAGUGCUCUUUGCCAUUGGCCGGUCACCUUAGAUAAUAAUAUGUCUUGCAUCCGGAUUGGCUGAAAUUCUUUCUUAAGAACAAUUGUAGCGUAAGAAGUUUUUUACGAAUUCGGGCCCAGAUUCCCUCGUUAAACGCAAACUUCGUUUCUGUGGCGUUUAAGAGGGCCAAAACGGUUGUAUACACUUCUCGUUGUAUCUUCGACGCUAUUCUCGCAACCAUGUUAGUGUUAAAGAGACACUUCAGAAAGACACCAAAGUAGUUCUGACUGAUAAAAUAUUGUUUCCAAACUUUAGGUUCGUUAUUUUCGAGGUAAUGUGUUGAUUACCGGAAGAUAAAUUUAUGUCGGUGAAAAUUUUGUUUAUUUUUAUAAAUUUCACGCCGGAACACCGACACCUCUACGUCACAGUGAUGUCAUGAAUUUCGAAAUAGCUAGACCGCUGUUGCGUAGGAGAAGUUCUCUAAACUUGCAAAGUUCGCAGCUUUGUUGCUCUGUAAUACAAUGUAUUCCCCAUUUACCGAAU